AUGAAACAACAAGGUUUGAAGUGGUGGUUGAAGGCUUGUUCCUCCUCAUCCUCGUUCUCCUCCUCCUCUUCAUCAUUAUUGUUGGCUACGAGUAGUUCUACCACUACAGUUACUCCAAGUAGUAUGGUCAUCCAAUCUCUCUCGUAUCCAAUGAUUAUUCCAUAUCUUGUACAAGCACCAACCACAAGGAGUGAUGAUCAUUAUCGUUUCGGAGCGAAAGUGAACACACAAUGUUUUAGAAAUGAUGAUGGUUCGGAAUGUGUUUCACGAGAAAAUCAAUGGAAUAGUCAUUCAUCAUCAACAUGUUCAGACAAUACCAUCACUUCUUCUUCAUAUUCUUCUUCCAUAUUAUCCUCUUCUUCUUUUACCACUAUUCAUCAUAACAACCAAUUAAAAACAUUCCAAAUGAUUCGUAGCCACCUAGAUGUUCAUACCCAUCAGCGGUACCACACUUUGCUCCACAUUUUGAACAAUCAAAACUCAUCAAUCGAAGUAGGAGGUAGUGAUACCGGAAAUAAACCUAAAAAAACUCCCAAGAAAAGAAGGGGUAUCGAUGAAGAUGAUGAAGAGGAAAAACGAUUCUAUGUGAGAAAUGCUUAUCCAGAAUUUGAAUUAAAAGCACCAAUGAGUGCAAGAGAAUUGGGACAAAAGUUAGACAUUUCACCUCAUGAAAUAACCAAACGUCUUCCAAAAGGUUACACAAUGGAAGAUAUAAUUUCUAUGGAAACAAUUGAAAAUAUUUGUCUUGAACAUUUGAAAUCGAUUCCAAUACGAACGAAACCAAAAGUGUUAUCAGAUGAAGAUUUAAAAACACUUGAAAGAUUGGAAAAUAACUCACCUCCAUCAGCAAAAGAUCUCAACAAGAGCGAGAAGGAAUACAAAAAAAUGUUCAAGCCCAAAGCACCCGUCGUCACAAUCAUGGGUCACGUCGAUCAUGGUAAAACAACUCUGUUGGACAAAUUGAGAAAUACAAACCUUGUGGAAAAGGAAUUUGGAGGAAUCACACAACAUAUUGGUGCUUUCCAAGUUAAGCUGCCCUCCAUCUCUCAACCCAUUACAUUUAUUGACACACCAGGACAUGAGGCAUUCACUUCUAUGAGAGCAUGCGGUGCACAAGUGACUGAUAUUAUUGUUUUGGUUGUAGCAGCAGAUGAUGGCGUCAUGCCUCAAACGAGAGAAGUGAUCAAACAUGCACGAGAAGGAAACGUUCCAAUGAUCGUUGCAAUCAACAAGAUUGAUAAACCCAAUGCAGACAUCGAAAUGGUUGAAAGACAUUUAAUGAACGAGGGAAUUGUUUCAGAGCAGAAGGGAGGAGAUGUUCAAUUUGUGCCCAUUUCAGCACUCAAAGGAACGGGUAUUAAGGAUCUUAUUGAGGCCAUUGGCCUUCAGGCAGAAGUGUUAGAAUUGAAAUCAAUAUUUGACGAUGUUCCAAUGCAAGGAACGGUCAUUGAAUGCAAAGUAUUGCAAGGUUUUGGUAUCUCAGCAACAUGCAUUGUUCGAAGAGGAAAUCUUAAAACCGGUAAAUGGGUAGUCUCUGGACUGUCCUAUGGAAAGAUCAAGAGCUUGAGAGAUGCAAAUUUGAAGGAAGUUAAGGUUGCAUAUCCAUCUGAUCCUGUAGAAAUUAUUGGUUUUACAAGUAUGCCAAAAGCAGGAGAUAAGGUUAUUGAGGUUGAAAGCGAGGAAAUGGCCAAAAGAAUUGUUGAAUACAGAAUUGAAAUGAUGACUAUCGAAGCAGAAAAUAAGAAAGCUAAAAAGUUUGAAGAGAAUUUGAGAGGAAUGGAAAGACGUGAAACCGAACGACAAAAGGAGAUCGAACAAAAUCCAGAACUGGCCGAAAAGGAACAAGAAAAAUCUACAACAUCAGAGACACCCAAAGAAACACUUGAAGAAGAUAAGAAAUAUAUUUUACCAAUAAUUUUGAAAACAGACGUGAUUGGAACGAUAGAUGCGUUCAACGAAAUUAUUUCAUCAUUCCCUACCGAGAUUGCUCAGAUACAAAUUAUUAAGCAGGCAGUGGGCCCAGUCUCCACAGCUGACAUCCAACUGGCAAAGAUUGUGGAAGGAACUCAAAUUAUUGCCAUGAACGCAAAAGUUGCACCAAACAUAGCUAUCGAAGCCAAGAGUAAUAGUGUCACAAUUAGUUCAUUCCGAGUGAUUUACCAUUUAAUUGACUUUUUAAAGUCGGAAUUGGUUAAAAUGAUUCCACCCAUAUUUGAGGAUGUUGUUCUUGGAGAGGCUUUGUGCAAACAACCAUUUACUUUCACAGACAAGAGCACCUCAGGUAAAAAGACAAUAAUUCCUAUUGCUGGCUGUGCCGUAACCAAAGGUUCCAUGCUGGCAAAGAUUGAAAAGAGUGAUUUUUACCGAGUGUUGCGAGAGGGAUCAACUCUAAUUGAACGAACAUCUAUCAAUUCACUCUUCCACUUUAAAGAUCAAGUGAAGGAAGUUAAGAAGGGUAACGAUUGUGGUAUUUCAUUGGAGAAUUAUAAGGACAUUUUGCCCGGUGACAUUAUUCAACUCGUGUCAAAGCAAGAGAAGCAAAUGACUUUUGAAGAACUUGUCCAAGAAUCUGAAAAGAGAAAAUUCAAAUUCAGAAAACACAAAUAA